AUGCAGUCGUCUCACGAUGAGGCUCCGGAUGGCAAACGAGACGCCAGCAUUUGUUUGAGCACCUAUUCUGGCCUCAUCCUGCGGGAGAAGGUAAACGGUGAUGUGCACAGAAGAGGACCGCUUAGACACCCCAAGAAAGGCUCCGAACUCCACUGUGGGUCAGGGCUAUUUUUAGUGGAAGAGCAAUUUCAGGGCUGCGGCAGCCGUCCACCUCUACAAUCGAAAAGAAAACCGGUAACCCUAUGAUUAUUACAGAGGGAUCUUGAUGCUCAGCACUGUCAUAGUAAUUUCUGCUCACAUCCCUCCAUAUCAUCUCAACGACCAUUUCGGACACGAACUUCUCUCGGAGAGUCAACGUGGCUUCCUAUGAUACUGCAAAAACAUCACCAUGAUAUUCGCCGUGCUCCAGAUAAAACGGAAGUGUACGAAAACGCACUUCAACCUCUACACUACCGUCUUGGACCAGACAAUGACCUCCGAAGUAAGGGAAUCCUUAUAAACUCUGAAGAAUCAUGCAGAAAAUCGGCUGUCAGCUGACACGAUAAUUCGGUCCUUUUUGCAGAAUGGAGGACGAAGCUGCAAUGGUUCCUUCUUAAUGUGGCCUCUAUGGCGCUCGCACGCAGCCGCGAUUCCAGCCGUCUUUAUUCGUUUUUGCUGAAUUGCGUGGGACUCACAGGCAGGCUGUUUAUGAUCGUCAGCCAAUGCGCAUGAUCCCUGCUCCGGUCUCAUUGACUUUAUGUCCAUACCGACCACAGGCGUGUUGUAGAAGAGAUGUAUCGCGGUAGAUGCAGUGCAAUUCCACUACCACAACAAAGUAACUUGCGUACAAGUCACCGUCCGUGUGUCCCCACGCUGUGAGGCACACAGUAAACAUCGUCGAUAGAGACGGACGAAAUCUCAGCUCUCUGUGUGGCUCAACGGAGUGUGUAGCAGAGUUCUGGCGAGAAGAGUUAGUAUCUCCGGUCGCAAUGGACACCUCUGCCAACCAUCAUAAUGUAAAUGCCUUAAAUGUCAAGGCCAAAGCGGGCGGCUCAUUUUCAAGGAUAAGUAAAUCCUGGCCUUUACUUCCAUGUUCCUAGGCAAUUAAUGCGUGUUUUCGAUUGAGUUCUUCCUGAAAAGCGUUUUUUAUUGCCGGGUAUAAGUUCUUCCUUUCUUAUUAGACGGUACGGUAAAAUAGUUUCAUUGCACGACGUGCCUCUUUAUUGACGCCGUGUAAUACCGUCUCUUUCUGGCCACUGUAGUAAAUUAACAGUAGUAGCAUUUUGUUGUAAGUUAGCAACACUGUGCUCCUUGUACUGCAACGAAAACCAGUCUAGUACCUUGUAAUGCUCCGAAGAAAAACUGCUAAAAGACGAUAGCCCGGGGCCUCCUCGUUAUCUCAGAGUGCAAAAAUCCUGGCUGGAUCCAAUAGGUCCAGCGCGUGUUCGCAGCUUUCUCUAAAUAUGGCUGACUCGAAAAUCUCUCUUGGUCCUUUAAUCCCUCACAUCUACGCCUCCGCUAGUCGCAACAGAACACUGACAGACGAAAUACUAGAUCAGUUUAUAUUUGGCGACAUAGACAAUACUUCCGACAAAGUUAUUGAAUAAGCGUUCGAAGUUAUUGGGGUAAUAAGCUCCGAAACUUGGGAGAGGAUGAAACGUGAACAUAAUUUUGUAUAGCGUAACGUUCCAAAUCCCGUGUCUGCUACUGAGGGUGCGCAUUUAUUUCAGCAAAGUUUUGGCUUGGGUUUCAGAGUUCCGCAAGCUAAACGAGUAUUUUCGUUCUGCCCUAAUGCGCCGAUACUAGUUACUCUCUUCUGCUUGAUAGAAUUCGACUUCAUCUUGUCAAAGGAAGAGGUAACUAGAGAAUUCUACGGUAAGCGGCGUUGCUCAGUUUCCUCGAAUUUCAGGCAAAUGCAGAGGGGACUGAACAAUUUAAAAAUAUCAAAGGCUAACACCGAUAUAACCGUCUUUGUAGUCAUGUCGAAUAACUCUUCUUUGACAUCAUCUGCGGCCUCAUCACGACAUGACAUAGUCAAUUCCUUAGGGAACUCGACUACUUUUGAUGUUGAGACCUUUGAAGGCAUCACCACCUCUUGUAUACAAACACCCACUACCGACUUCGCCGGCGACCCCUUGUAAAUGAAAGUAAGGGUUCAAUUCAGAAACGAGUCCGAGUGUAAUUUCGGUUCCUCGUACACGGGGUAAGUCCAGUUCUUCUAAGGAAUAUUUCCCUCCACAACUGCCCGCCACUCACUUAAACUCCACGGCCCUAAAUAUAGCGUGUUCCAACUACUCCUCAUGCUGGAAAGGGUAAGCCAAAUAUACCAACAUUCACACCAUUAAAUAGAAUUCCCGCACUAAUCGAAGCAGUGCGUCCACAACUUCAAGAUGUUCCCUCAAAGGGCGUUUUAUCAAUGUAGAAACGAGGCUUCCAAGCUGCGAAGGGAGUUAGAACCGAAUAUAGCGCAAAACUCGUUGGAGCAUCCGAAAUUCUAUACGGAAUACCAAAGGAACUCAGGAGCUGAUCCCCGUCAUUGGGUCUGCAGACGGAAAGGUGGAGACUGAUGACCAGGUUAAAGUGUCCCUUCUUUUUAAAUUCUUUCAGUCCGUCUUCAUCUGAGAACCUAGUUCAUUAAGUGCCCAUCCAUCCGUUCGCCAGCCAACUUCUCCUCCUACUCCCCUUUCCCCUCUUACCCCCUUCCUAUCCUUCUCAGUCGAGGUACCACUCUCUUCAUCGACCAUAUUUAGGGCCGAACUACUCACACUGAAACUUGCCAAAUCGCCUGGCCCAGACAGAAUUCCCGCACUAGUAGCUUAGGAACUAUGCGAACCAUUGUCUACAAUAUUUAAAAAGUCAUUUGGAGAAGGCGAGCCCCCGAAUGAAUGGAAGUGCGCACUCAUCACUCCGAUUCAUAAAGGAGGUUUGCGACUUGACUGCGGAAGUGAUCUUCCAGUCAGUCUUACUUGCAUCGUGUGUAAAAUAAUGGAGUGCAUUAUCAAAAGACAUCUGAAGGAAUAUCCGAAAAAAUAAAUAUUAUAUGAUGCCGAACACGGGUUUCGUCCAGAACGGACAUGCCCAACAAGUGUUCUAUACUCGCACGAGGAAUGAGUAGGGGCCACUAACAAGGGUUAUCCAGUGGAUGUUAUAUUUUUCAUCUUCAAAUGGCCUUGGAUAGUGCCCCACAAGGCUUCUUUUGCAAAAGAUCUGAAAAAUUGGGAUUCUAGGAAGAGUUUUUAAAUGGAUCAGGAGUUUUCUGUCGUUCAGCGUGCAAGGAGUCCUUAUUGGAGAUUCUACUUCGGAAUGGGCAAAGGUGAAAAGUGGUGUCUGACAAGCUUCUGCUUUAGGCCCAGUACUGUUCCUGAUUUGUGUUAAUGACUGCAUCAACGAAGUGGAUUGCAAGGCUCUCAUGUUCGCGAAUGACACAAAAAUGGAGUGAAGUCAAAUGCGAUGAGGACGCAGAGGAGUUUCAAUUGAACAUCGGCAAACUGAGUGUUUGGUCGAAUAGAUGGCUUUUGAAGUUCAACGUGUUCAAGUGCGUGGUCUUGCACCUAAGCACCGGCAAAAAUGUGUCCCCCAAACAUCAGUACCAUACUAACGAGACGGCGUUAGAAACUGUAGAAGGACACAAAGACAUGGGUGUAUGGACGAUUACGAAUCCAAUGACAUCAGAUCAUUGCAGGAAGAUGGUCCAGAAGGCAACUAGUGCUUUACAUCGAAUCAGUCGCGCAUUUCAAAUAUUCCUUCCGGAACUCUUCGAAUGACUCUUUGGCGUCCUUGUAAGACCCCACCUGGGGUAUGGAAUGCCGGCAACUUCACCAUGAACAAGGAAGGAUAUUGACUUACUCGAGCAGGUGCAACAUAGAGCAACGAAGAUGGUCGAUGACCUAAACGACUUGUCGCACCAGGAGAAGCUGAAUGCGCUUGGUUUUUUCCCUCUAUACUAUAGGCAGCAAAACUGGAGUCUGUUCUGGACAUUGCGGAUUGUCCGUGACCAAAAUUGCUCACUAAGAAGGGAGAACCUUUUCGGGUUUAUCCGUACAAACAAAUUACGCGGUGAUCCUUACAAAGCCAAGACUGAACGCACGCGACUAGACCGUAGGAAGUUUUCGCUCAGUCAACGAAUUUGUGAAAGCAUUGUAUACAAACAGGACCAUGAAGGCUCUGCCUCUAAGCAUUCAAAUACAUUCAUACAUAAUCCUCAUGCAAAUGUCCAAACGGGGUCAGUUAACACAUCCAGUCGCCAGUAUUACUUCGAUGUAAACAAGUUACGGUACACUGCCUGUGAAGUUUUACUAGAAAAUCAGCCAGACAACGACAGUAAUCAGUUUCCUUGCCCAUCAUUUCCUCCCCCAAGUCGUACCACUUUUUAUCCGCGUCGGAAUCUUUUGAUGCCAAAAAAUCUUUUACAGAGCCGGACGGGUGAUUCCGGACCAUAUGUUCCGUGGGCUGCCAACUACUGGACGACGUAGCCCGCCUCCCUCAGAAUCAAACAGUCUUCCCCCUAAAACGUUUUGUUCUAAAUCCCAGAUCCUUGAUAAAGAAGAUGAUUUUGCCUCAGACUCUGGUGUUCGUCCAUUGUCCAGAUAUUGUUUUAGAAACUGAUACAGGGCGAACAGGUUCCGUAGCUAACUCCAAACUCUCUCUUCUAGACUAUAAGUGCAUUCGAAAAAAUUGUCAAAACAGUCGCGAUGGGGAGAGCUGCAUCCACGUUAAGCGAACGCUUGCACUUCUGCCACUGAAUCUCGGGAAUCUCUCCAGAGCAGAAGACAGCUGCUGGCUCCAAGUUGCCAUAAAAGAUAAGUUCUCUUCACUCGUUGGCUGUGUCUACUAUCUUCCCAACGCCAAUGAGAAUUUUGGUCGUUGUCUCUCACUGGCAUUUCACGCUGCGGCCGAAUGAAGCUUUAGGUAUCAAUUGGUUGCGGGUGACGUCGAUCUUCCCGAAGUUCGCUGGUCUCCGUCUUCCGGCUCUAGAAGGUUCGAAGACUUGUUUGAGGAUGUGGAUGUUGGGAUGUGAAGUCAGGUUGUUAAUUUUCCCACCCGAGGAUCAAGCAUACUUGACCUAAUUUUCUGUAGAGGUUGCAUGCUAUUGUCAGUGUCAUCCAUAGGCCCACUCGGUGGCUCAGACAACGGAAUAGUUGUUUCUGCGUCAGAACGCGAGGCUGACAGAAUUUUGCCCUCAAAAUAUAGCUUCAUCUUCGAUUGCCGAUCAGCUCACUCGGCGAACUAUUAACACACCGUAAUUCCUACGACCGGACUGAUUUAUUCCUAAGUUCGGAUACAAGUGUUUGCACUGCCAAACUGUACGAAAUUUCGGAUCCGCUUAAUUCUCGUUUUGUCCUUGCAAGAAAAUAACUAAUUUCGGGGACGUGGUUUUUCUCUCCUACCCUUUCGCCAUAGGUUGCGUAGACUUUCUCGUCGACUCCAUCCUUAGAAUGAUGGUUCCGUUCUGCCCUCCAUUUGAGAUAUUUUAGAGCGAGCUUAGAGAUUGCCGAAGUGGUCCAAUUCACCGGAAACUGCACGCUAAACGUCGCGAAACUUUCUCCCAAAAAGUACAAACUCAUGGAAGAGCGAAACAUUCCAUCAUCUGAGACUCUCUUGGAAAUCCUAUAGCAGACGCCCAGUUGACCGCUGAUAGUUCUAAUGUUUUUUGCCCAAACGUUUUGUUAAAAACUCGACCGCUCCGCUUCCAAACACCCAGGCUUGGAUCACGGCCGUUCUAGAAACCAUAAUUUUAACCCUGUGAGGCGCGAUUGUAGCGAUUCGGCGUUUCCGUCAGUCUUAUAGUCCGGAACAAGAUGGAGCCCGGGUUAUCAUUUAAAAAGCGGACAAGAAUUAAAUGUUCCCGUCCCUCCGGUACAAAAUAUUCAGUCUCGCUCUUGAAAGCGGGCUCAAUGGCUCCUUCUUACUGUGGUCGAUAUGGUACUUUAACUGAUGUUAGAUGUGAUAUGCCCUUAUGGAAGCCUUGUACAUGUUAUGGGAACAAGGCCACAUCUAGCACACUUUGUCAACCCCUGCGCUUGAGCCCACCUACGGACAUCUUGACAUUGUCAUGGCAUCGGAGAUCGUGGAAGGUGGAGGGGAGCUUACGAUAGACGCUAUAAAAGUUCGGCCCACUAUAGAUUAGUUCACGCGCGAUUCAUAAUCACGCACCCAUCACGCUGUGGGACAUGCGGAUGACGUCAUCACUGGCGGCAGUCGAACUGUCGACCAGUAGGUCAGGUGUAUACCAAAGGACACGGGCGUUUCCAGAUAACUGGCAUACGUGAGCGUAUUUGAACUAUCAUUGCAGAAACUUAUGAAGUCAUAAAGCGCCCUUUAGCAGGUUUACGAAAAAACUGGGAUACUUUUAUUCCAACUAUUAACUGCUGCUUGCUUUGCUUGUUAUAAAGACCCUGACUUCUCGAAAUCAUUAAUAUUGCUCAGGAAGUUCAGGUCAAGAAAUACAAGAAGCCCGGGACAAUCACAGAGGAAGAUAGAAGAGGCUGGGAACGACUUUGCUAACUGGCUCUCUCCGGUCCUUUUUGCUCAUCAUCAAUAAGUAUGCUUUCGCGCCUUAAUUCUCUAGACAUACCAUCCACGUAAAAUAUAUGUCGUAGUAGAUGAUCGUCAGCAUUGGGUGCGGAGUAUUUUAAAAGCUGAAUUGCUAUCGACAGUAAAAUAUUCUUACUUACGAACUGAAUGUUUCAUAUUAGUUGGGAACAGGCUUAUGUACGUAUAUACGUACUUUUAAUGAAAACGUAAGCAGAAAGGUAACCAUUGGCUCAUAUAGAAAAACCAGGGCUUGCAUAACUAAAAAUUGGGCGCAACAUACCGAGCCUAGUAACGGAGCUCUUACAUCAAAAUCAACAUGACUGUGUCUGAUUCACCGACAAACUCGCGACUUCCCACGACAAAUUUUAGGGAUUUGGGAAAAUCACAAAUAUUAAUGGGUAAUGACAAAUUGUUGAGAGUUCAGUUAGCUUAGGCCAACUGUGUUCACGCUGACGAACAAAUUGCGCUGAACCGUCGAGGAUAAAAAUUAAGAUUGCAGUCCACAGCGUCCUCAAAGAAGGAUGCACGUCCACAAAAAUAUGCGCCAGAGUUACGAAAGAGAGAAAGAUGAAAAUCAACGGAAGGAUUUGCUGAUAUCUAUUCGAUGGAAAUUAGAGAUAAACUGUAUGCACCAUUCUUACUUUUAACACAAUAGGUCUGUUUGGAACCUUUUUAAGAGAUGGUUGCGACUGAAGGGUGUGCAGAUACAUCUAGGAUAACGAUCGUCAUCUGUUCACAGUAGCAGCAGUUAAACCAGAAAACAGAAAGCAAAUAAAAACAUUGAGCAAUUUAUGAUAUCUACAGCUAUCUUAACGUGCUGAGAGGGUUACAGAACAAGGAGCUGAAGCGUAUUAAACACACGCCUGGAUUAGACGCUCGGUAAAGGUAUAACGAAUUCUAAAAAUUAAACGUGAUAAUAAUAGGGGGCAACAAAGUCACAUGCGUUCAAGGUUGAACUCUUACAUUAAAGUCUUGAGUUGGCAGCCCCCCCUUCGGCACUAGAUAGGGCGACUUGAUGGUAUUCUGCACCAGCGUGAACUGCGUUGGCCUAUCAACUUGCGGUUCUGUUUCUUGACUUGCCUUAACAGGCUGGGGUCUACAAGAUGACUUAUUUCAUCAAUCAUUUAGAAAAAUAAGAAACUACUCAUUUUACCCCUGUUUCUUUUUGCCGGCUGUACUUGUUGGCUUUAGUUUACAUUAAACUGGAAUCUAGCGCAAUCCUACGUUUACAAGUCGCAUUUGGUAUGCAUUAAAGUACCCCUAAGGAUACACAACAGAACAAUCUAUUUGUUACUUAUUUAUUUAAAACCUCAGUAUUAUCCAACUGCCUUCUUUGAGACGUUUCGUCAUUAGCGUUGCCUGUUUCCUGGACCGCUUUCAGAUUCAUCUCCUUGCCUAUCAUUGCCCUCCUACAUGCCUUUCGGAAUGACCUUGACUACAUGCGCCAACUGUGAUUGGCUGUUGGCCUUCCAUCCGCAUUUUAUAUGCUUCGCGUUGAUAUCGUCUUCUUCCGGAACCUGUUCAACCCACAGUACUGUGCUUUCAUCAUUUGCCCUCGAGUUUCGCCUGUUCCAAAGAUUUCCUGUUCAUCUUACUAUGCUCGCUUUUUUCUUUACGUUUUCACAGCCAUCCCUGUGAUGUGUCUGACUGCCUCACCUGUAUUACAGGCAGUCUGGGUGUAAGCAUUUCUAGUGCAGCUGCAGUACCACAUCCGACCGAAAUAUGUAUCUUUUUGAAUAAUCAUGUAACCACAGAACAUUGUCUAAACACAUGCUUGGGCGUGUACCUAUGUUAAGAGUAUGGUGUAAUCGCAUACUUAUCUGUCCGUGGUAUUUUGUUUGUUGCCACUAGCAGAGGAGUGAGUGAUCUCAUGAGGUUAGUGCCUAGAUUGUUACUAGAAAUACAACCUUGUGCUGGGCAGCGAGUGAUUAGAUAUUGAAUGGAAAAGCAGAAAAUAAAUGUUUGAAUUUGGACAGUUUGACGAAAGCCGGUUGCGGGUAUGCAAAACGGCCGAUGAGGAGCAAACAGCAACUCGGCCAAUUUUCGAGGAAAAUGCAAAACUGCACUCCGCGCAUUACUACAAACGUGUUUUACUGAUUUGUCAGCACUUAUCCCGGGAACGGUUUAAUAGUCGAAAAGACAUCACACUAAGAAUACUUGAACGUGAAAAAUAUCAUGCGUCGUUUACGCUUUCAGGAUGGUAAAUUACAAAACGUGGACAAAACGAUGGACAAUUUUUAGACUUUGACUUGACGUUUAGAUAUCUAACGGCAGUAGACCAACAAAGACGGACUAGAAAUUUUAAAAUCAACGGUUCUAAGGCUGUUAGUGGCCUUUCCAGCCGGCUAAUCCUGUGAUGAACCCCUGCUUUCGGAUACAAAGGCAGGAGAAAUCACACUGCAUGGAUCGACCCAACAUGAGGACUGAUCGAUGGGCCAACUGCAGCACUGAAUCAGGCAUUAUCAGGACCUUUAUACCAAACUGUCUCUUUUGGAGUAAAUCCGGUAUAGGAAAGGGCCAAGAGCAGUCUAGUGGCUUCCCAGAAAAAAACAAGCUUCAUAGAUGGAACUGCAUCUGUGAAGCCCCUGCACAAAACGAGUGCUCAUGCUCGUGUUUCUGAUCGAAGGAUUGGUUCUGAGAACGACUGAUACCUCCACCUCCAUUUCGCUUUUGGUAAUCCGCAAGUGUUAUUUCUCCCAUAAAGGAAGCACCUACAAGCGAUCCCUAGCAUCAUAUUCGUAAUUUGUUUGCUGUUACUGAGCGAAAGCAUUACCAUUUAAAAAGUUAAUCCGUCCGUCAUUACGUUUCGGAGUUUUGAAAAUUGUUCCCCAGGAAUUCUUAAUGGAAAAAUUUACGAGAAUACUCGCAUAAACAAUUGAAUUUUGAUUUGAGGAUUACCCCUCUGCUAUCCUACCAUAGGGACUAUGUGUGUGUUAAUUCCGUGUUAUAGGAGAUGAAGCCAAUUUUUACCAGACUGCCUCUGUGUAUAGGCAGAAUACUGGACUAUGACACAGAGAAUCUGAGCAUCAUUCCUCAGUAUAGUUCGCACACCCUGAAGGUCACGGUUUGGUGCAUGGUAAAAUCCGGAAUGGUAAUCAGGCCCCAGCUUUUUUCAGGACAAAGAUGGCUGUACAGACGCACGGUUACCGGCGACCGAUAUGAAGCAGUGCUGGAGACUUGAGUACAUCCUGCUGUGAAGAAGGACUGACCUGAGGCAUGGCGGUGGAAAGAUGAAGCAACUGUCGGCACAGCCAAGAUCACAAUGCAACUGCUAAGGCAAAUUUCCGAAGGAGGAAUUUAGAUAUGCAGAACUUAGAUAUGCUCAGCUUUUACUUUCAUUUGACUUGAUAACACCGGGGUUUUCCAUGGGUUUAUCUGAAGGGUCGGGUGCAUGCCAAUAAGCUGGGGAUUAUCCAGCAGCAUUCGGAAAGAAGCCAAUAUACUGCAGUCAGACAUGUUAGGCACCGUUGUCAACUAUUCUGCAAAUAGAAGAAAAGGGCUCUCAUUUACUCGAUGUCAGUGUUACUACGUAGUUAGAAGAGGGAUUCUGUUUGCAUACUUUAUGUGCCAUGCAAAAAUUAACAGUUUUGAAAGUUAUUUUAUUUUUAAACAGUAAAGUGACUCGUAAACCGCCCAGUCUUCAAGUAGUAAAAGUACGCUACCAAUAUGAGCGCUCUUAAUAUUCUUCUUGGUGUACAGACCACUGUGCUGAGAAAAGGUUCGAAGUAUUUCCAUAAAUAUCCUCUCCAUGACUAUAAUAAUCCCACUUUUUCGCCAGUACAUUAUGAAUCAACGUAACGUGUACAAUCAAGGACCAAAUCUAUUAGUGUACACAGGAAACGAGAAACACGUAGAACUUAAAAAGGAGAAGUUCCAAAUUUUUGGCAGUCUCAGACGAAAAUUUGAGAAUGUAAACAAGUAGAUUAGUUAUUUUCACAGCUAUUAACGGACGUUUGUUAAGCAAGACAGAUGUUUAAGUGAAAACCACAAGCCUUCUUCAAAAUUUCACAUGAUGAAUAAAAACUAACUCACGUAGUUUUUGUAUGCUCACCCCAUUUAAUUUGAAAGUUUGUUGACUUAAUGGCUUAACUAAGGAGAUUUUUAUUAUGAACUUUUGUCACCGUUAAACUCGUCUGUCAGUGGGAUAACCUAAUUAAUCUUAGACGAUAUUCUUACAAAGGCAGGAGUUUCAACGUUUUUAAGCAUAACUUUGACAAAAUACUCCAAAUGUGACUCAAAUAAAAAUAAACUGACGGCUCCAGGUGGAGGCUCGUAACUCGGGAUAUUAGAGCGCUGGCUGUACUCGAGUCUUAUCCUCUGCUGCAGUGGGUUCGAAUUACACUGAUGCCGCCGAAUCUUUCACAAGUGGGUCCAAUGAAUAAGUACUUAUGCAUGAUUUCCACGAAAAACAAUAAUUCCAGAUAGAUGAGUAGAAAAUCAGAAAAACUGUACUUAAAUGUUCAUAAUUAAAUCGCUAUUAAGUUUCGCAUGUUGCGUUAGGUUUAUUUGCAGAGGGUUCAUCGUGGAGACUAGAAGAUAUACUGUUUAUAAGAAAUAGCUGACUAAAAUGCGUGGACAUAUUUCGAAUGUUAGAUUAGAGACUAUUUUCAGAGACGCUGUCAAAUUCGCGCGUGAUUACGUUGAAGUCUUUAACAGCGCUGACAAGUAGAAAAACGUAGGAAAUGAAGUUAUAAUUGUAUAUGGGCAGAGUUUCACCAAUAAUUUCGCAGAAAUGUAAUACCGAUGAUAACUCGGUAUCCCACUCUUAGAGCUACUGUCAAACGAAACAGCCCUGAAAAGUUAAAUAAUGGCAGAGAUGGAAUGCUAAUUCGAAAUAAGCCUACAGAGUUUGAAGGGAGUGAAGAUCCUGCAAAAAACGUGUACGUCGUGAGUGGGGUGUAGAAGCGUCCAGUUAGGGAAUAAACCGCAUAGGCGUGGUAGGCCGCAUAAUUAGCCCCAUGUAGAUGGCGACUGCUCCGCACGACAAUUAACUGACAGAAUGGCAUUACCGACAAAGACAAGGGAGACUGGAAUGGCCAUUUGUGGCUUAUUAGCCGUCGUCAGCCAGUCACACCCAACCCCGAAGUGUGAAACACCCGAGGAUCGAACUCGCGACCUUUUAGUUAGAAAUCCAACGCCUCUAACCACUGGGCUACGGGCCUCAAUGACAUGCACCAGUUGUCAUUCGGCACAUAAUCCAUUGACCCUCACGUUAAGCUCAACGAUAUCCAACUCAAAAAACGGACGAAUUUUCGAAUUCAGGCAGCAUACAUUCAGGAAGCAUCUAAAUUGACGCAAAGUGGUUCACCAGAUCUCAAAAGCCAGCAAGGGCUUUGGCCAUCUGCAGGGCCUUUGUUUGGAAUCGUCACAGUCUCCAUCUGAGCACAAAACUCAAGAUGCAGGUAGCUGUCAUCCUGAAAACGUUACUGUACAGAGCCGGAACCUGAACAGUCGACGGAAAACUUAGCUGCCUCCGGAGAAUUCUGAAGUUGAGAUGGGUAUACAGUAUUCCGGAAACAGAACUAAUUGAACAACCCAGAACGCUCUGCCUAUACGUAACGCUGAAGCAAAUUAAAUUGCACCGAAAUGCCCACUUCGCGUGGAUGAAUGAGGUGUACCUACCCAAACGACUCUUCUACGGCGACACCACUGCGGGUGCUCGCUGACAAGGAGAAAAAAAGUGGCACUACAAGGAUACCCGAAAACCUCUGUCAUGCAUCCACAAAGCAAUACGGCGGCCUGGGAAGACUUCAUCCAGGACCAACCUAUGCGGAGCAGAGUAGUGGAGACUAGAGUAGUAAUUUACGAAGUAAAUAGUGUCGCCGCUGCCAAAGCCGAAAGAGCGGCACGCAAGUAUCAAGCGUCUCCGACCUAUAUAGUCAAUACCCAACCACUCCCAUCAUAUCUUCAUUUUCAACGAACAUUCCACGCAUAGUUCGACCUCAGUGGACAUCCUCAGACCCGGCGCAACAACAGCACGACAACUUCAUUUGUUGCCUCUGAAGGCUCCUACACUGUCACCUCUGCAGCAAAGCUCUACAACACAAACAACGACGACAACCAAGAACCCUACCAGCUUACCAUCAUUGCCACACCCACCGCGUCGACGCCGACGACAAAAACCACACCCAUUCCCAUCACCAAUGAGAGCCAACCUAACUCCCUGACGCUCCGAGACUCCGACGUCCCGACGCUCCACCGACUACCAACCUAUCCACCCUCGUCGCCGUUGUCGUCGUUCUCGCCGCCACCACCACUGAACAUACAGCGAGCAAUGCAUGCUCGACUGCAACCUGUUCUCAUCGUGAUCAUAUCUCCGCAUCAAGCAUCAGCCUAG